AUGAAAUCGGCAGAACACUGGCUAAAUUCCACGGGCGCUGGAGUAGAGGAUGGCGAUGUGGAGCUGACUGUGAUGGAUAAAGUGCUUAAAAGUUGUCCGCAUUACAAACAAUUAGCGGACAUUUUUGCUACGGAGAGGGAAGCUGAGGUGGUGGUAAUGAGUUCCUUUGCAAUGGAACUCGACUCUAUGGAAAAUGUUGUGCAUGAUUUGGAAGAGCCCGAACCCGAAGCGGAGGAAGAAAAUGACACAUCUCUAUUGGCAUCUGGCUCAUCUGCGGCCAGCCCGUUUGUAAAAAAAUUAAGGCCAAACAUCAAAACACUGCCAUUGACAAACUGGCAACAUUAGAAGCUGAAAGAAUGAGCUUUCGGGAAAAACAGCUUCAAUUUGAAAUAGAAAAAUUCAAUUGGAUGAAGCAAGUUGAAGCAAACAAACUUGAAAAUGAAAAGAAGAAGAUCGAAAACGAUUUCGAACUCAAAAAAAUGGAGUUGGAGCAGAAUGAAAGAAUAAGGAAAUUAGAAAUUGAAAUGAAGUAU